AUGGAAAAGUCUCGUUGUUUCUUUGUCAAAACGGCGAAUAUGGCUUUUAAAUAUUUUCUUCUUUUAGCGUUUUUCUUCAUUUCAGCUCAUGGAACAUCUGAACAAUUUGCGUGUAAUGCACAAGAUGUGAUCUUCAUCUUUGACACGAAAACCUCGCCUCGAUCACUCGACGAUUGGAGAGCUUUAGCUGGCGACUUCUUGGACAAGUUCAACAUGCGCGCUGAUGGGACGUCGAUUUAUGCUCGCUUUGCCGCUAUUCAAUUCGGAUGGGAUACGGCUCACCCAUCAACCAGCUGGUACACCUCACCAUUUCCUUCACAGGAUAAUGCUUCGAUCGUUUUCCGUUUCGACGACUACUAUGCGCGUAGCGACGUAAAACGAGUGAUUGACGCCAAUGUGGAUGAAAAUUUGGCUCCGAACACCGCUAUUGGAGGAGCUCUCGUCGACGCGACAAACAUCUUCACGAAUCAACUCCAGAACAAUCGAACCCCCGUGAUCAUUCUUUUCACCAAUGGGCUUGCCGGGGAAACCGAUCAAAGUGAGGCGCUUUCGCAAGCCUCGAUUUUGAGGGGUUUACUUCAAGUCGACAUUUGGGUUGUACUUGCUCAGGAUGUAACGUCUUCGCCCGACUACUUUGGCCUUCAACUCACCGGGAACAAAACUAAUCAACUCUUUAACUCGACGAGUGACGCCUAUAGCACUGAUGGUAUCUUUUCGGCGUUCGGCAAAAAGUACCCGUGUGCGACCCCAACUUCUCCACCGGUGACCGAGGUGUGCCCUUGCACGAUCAACAAAUCGUGGAACGAUGUGAUGAUUUUGGCGGACGGAAGCGAUAAUAUGGGGAACGAUCGUUUCACACAGAUGUGGGGUUUCAUUGUAUCAGCGCUGGGCGAAGCGACUAUCGGACAGCAGAUCGCCUAUCAAACGAGAGUCGGUGUGGUGGUGUACGGGAAUAAUGCAACUCUAUUCGCUCCUCUCAACAAAUAUCAGUCAACGGAUCAGUUCCUCUCAGAAAUGUGGCCAUUCAAGAACGAACAAGGCACGAAUAUUCUGGCUGCUGUACUACUAGCUGUGGACGAAUUCAAAAGAACCGGGCGUCCAAAGUCGAGAAAAGUGAUGAUCAUAGGCGCAAGCACGUACAGAGAAGGUUCUUAUAAACUUCCAUUGAAUGACAUUGAGACGUUUCAGCGGAAUCAAGGAGUUGUGAUUGUUAUCGAUGACGGUAAUGCGAAUGGUCAGGGUUCCGAUCUUCUCCAACAAAUGGCUUCAAAGGGUUUCUACAUUGACGCCACACAAGGAGCACCCGACUUCGUCGUUUUGCAGAAACUUCUUUGCAAUGCCAAUUGUUUCUGUCCGGGACAGGGUCAAGAUGAUGGGUACUAUCCAGUGAGCGAAGAUAAUCAAGCCUGGCCGUCGGGUGGAUGCUUUUGGGACUCCACGUUGACGUCAAUCAAAACGGUGGCUGACACGAUUUGCCGUAACACACAAGCGGCCAACGGAUCGCUUGGACAACCGAAAACCCAGCUUCAGCAACGAACAGUCAUUCAAUUUAACACAAACGUCUCCCCAGCGAAACCUCCAUUCUUUAUUGGGCUCACCCGACAAAGCGGGAAUUGGAUUUGGGCCGAUGGGAGCUAUUACGAUGCAAAUGUUAGUGGUGAAAUCAUCGAUAAGGGUGGCGAUUGCGCGGUGGUGCAACAACAAAGCGGAUUCAAUGUGAACAUCACGAGUCAAGGCUGCACGGCUGGGGCUUAUUACACGUGCCAAACGAGACCUUGCACCACGGAUUUUUAUUGUGUC